UUCACUUCUUAAACGAAACUUUAAUAAUUUGUUGAAAUAAGGUUUAGUUUAAACAAUAUAUUUUGUUUUAAUUGCAAAGGGGAUUUGGAUUUGCUGGCAGACACCACCAUAAAUCAAUCAUGUGGGUCCUCGGGAAGAUCAGGGAGAGAGUGGAAAACAUUCCCCAAGAGCUGAAUCGCUACAUGAGGAAAGGUGAGGAGGAUCUUCCGUUUUCAUCUAAGACCGGCUCAUCCCAGAAUCUGCACAGCAACAUCAUUACACCGGAUAACAUCCCAGAGUUCUGCCUGCCUCCACGGCUUUGCAGGAGGAGUCCUCUGCCAGAAGUGGAGAAAGGUCAACUAUUCCUGGACCAUCAAAAGCAGUAUUCAAGUGCUACGCAGACAUCACCGUCUCAGAAGGCUUCAAAGAAACCGCUGCCCUUCUCUGCAGAAGACUAUGGUCUGGUUGGGUUGUAUGAGAGGCCCAACACUCGAAGGAAAGAGUCUUUGCUCCUUUCUAAAUCUUCUGGGUACGUGUUUGAACUGUUUUCAUGCAAACACCGUCCAGGAGCAGGAAGCAGUGAAAGGGAAACUCCUUCCUCUGACGACGACUCUCCCUUUGGGUCCUGCUACAAGUCACCCAACAUCGUCCCAUCAAGACGUGGUUGCCUCAAGCAAACUAAAUCCUGUCCUUUACUGUUUGAGAUCAAGGAGAAAAGUGGGAGGUUGCAGAAGGUUGGUUUGAGUUUAACAUCCUCUCCUUGUAGCCCUCCAACGUCAGAGGAACCCUCGCUCACCCUGUCCCCACCUGUCCCCCCUUCACUGGACAUUCUCCAAUGCCAGGAGAGACUUCAACAUGAACACGUCCUUCCCUUACAAGGAUUCGGCAAAGUUCACCUCUCAGCCGAACAAACAACAUUCUCCAACAACAAUUCCUCAACCCUUUACUCGCUGAGGGUGCGCGUGGUGUCUGUGGAAGGUUUGAGUGAUGAAACAGACCAGUGCACCCUGAACUGUGCAGUCAGUCUGUGUCUCACACCAGGGAAGCUGCAGCAGCAGAAGAGCGCCACCAUCAGGAACUGUCGCAGCCCUGUGUUUAAUGAGGAUUUCUUCUUCACAGAGCUCAGUCACAAGGAUCUAGUGGAACUGCAGCUCAGGGUGAAAGUGGUGAACAAACCUGCAGCUGGAGCCCUGAGGAGGGGAGUGGUGAUCGGAAUGACCAGUGUACCACUAAAGCAGUUACUGCUUCUUAGGGAACUAGCAUAAGAGUAUUAUUUUAGGAUUCAUUUACCUUAACAGUGUUUUGAGGUGAUGCACAGUAAAGACAUACUGUGUGAUUUAUGAUCUUAAGAUGCUUUUGCACCACAGGCAAAAAUGGAUGUGCCAGUGUUGUAAAUAAAGUGGAAAAACUAUCUGGAUAUUCGGUAAGAUAAGCUGUUUGAGCACUUUUACAAAACAUGAUGUCAGAUUGAUAGUAAUGAUGUCUCUGAGAGGCAAAAAGUAUGUUGUUAAUGUUAUUUAUCUAUUAUUAUACUAUUUCUGUCAUUUAUCAUUAUUGUAGAGACACUGCUCUACUUACAUGAAAAAAGUAUUUGUCAUAAUCUCUUCUUUAGUAUUCUGUACUGUGUUUGUGAUACUAAACAAGCUACCACAGACGUUUAUUAAAACAUAAUUUACUGUUUGUAAGUGUACUUAUUCGAAUGCAACCUUGCACUGUGUCUUGAAUGCAGCUUCAUUUUGUUAAUUUUGUUUGAAAAAUGAACGUUCUGAUUUUUGAACAA